CAUUUACACUUGCAUCCACACUUGCGGUCAAUUUAGAGUGAACAGUCAACACUAAGUAUCUAAGUGACAAUCCUUCAUGCUUUGUGUGGGAGAUGGGUGAAAACCAAAGAACCUGGAGAAAGGACCACAACACUGACCCCAGCACUGACCACUAUGUCAUGUGUAGCCCACUUUUUUACACUUACAGUUAAUUUUUCUGAAAUGUGUGAAACAAGAUAUUUAUCAUCUAGUGGUGCUGACUUGGAAAUGAUGGUGACAAUCAACUUUAACUUAGUGUUUGGUGUAGUACACUGAAAAAAGGGAAUACCUUUGAAUUUACACACAUGAAUUUAGUAAAAGCAACUAAAUUAAUUUAACGUGGUUUAAAUAAGUAGACUUAACUUAUUUAUAGAGAAUGUCGAAUGUAAUAGUUGCUUUCUAGUUGACUGAAAUUGAUCGAAUAAUAAUAAUAAUAAACUAAAAAAAAAACAAAAAAACCCAAAUUUAAUAUAAUCGAGUUCAGUCUCAGUGUCGUUAAUCCCUCCGGAACGAAAGGUAGCGCUAAUGCGCCGGUAAAAAAAUAAUAAUAACAACAGGAAGAAGACCAAAUAAACACCGCGAAAAAAUCUUCAUUUUUUCGGCAAGAAGUCAACGAAACAAUCUGUGAAAAGGUGCUGCAGCCGGGGGAGAGCAGCUGAGAGUGGAUUUCGCCUCUGCACCAAACUCGUCGCUAGAGGGAGCUAGAGACAACCCCUGCGGGCAACGGGAGUGGGCGGGGUACACACUGUCCAGUCCAUCACAGGGCCACGUGACUAAGCACAUAAAUGAAGCAUACUGCAGUGUCCAGUGAUGCUGAUGGAGAGGAGGGAACAAGAGAUGCAGGAGGAGAGGAGAAGCAGUCUGAUGGUUGGGGGUAAGGAGGGAGAAAGAAGGAGGAGACUAGAUAGGAGUGAACAGCUAGCUAAAGCAAGGGCAGAAAUGGAGGAGCCUGCAGUGCAGCAGGAAAAAAUAGAUGGCUCAUUGGAAGGAGGAGGAGGACGUGAUGGAGGAAAGGCAGACUGGAAGAGCGACUGUUCUCUUUCCUCUCUGCUUAAACACUCCUGUUUCCUCUGCUGGUCGUCGCCCUGGGACAAAGAUACCGUCGGGGAAACGGAUGAGGGUGUCCUUGCCAAGGUGGCAGAGAUCAGAGUAAGAAGACCACGGCAUCUGGCAUUGGAGCUGGAGAAUGCAGUGGCGAUGGAGAACCUAGAGCUUCAGGAGCAGCAGUCUGACCGCAAGGAGCUGGAGGAGACUCUGGUAAAAUUGGAAAGCCAUAAAGAAAAGUUGAUCCAAGAAAUAAAGGAGACCAGGCAGCUGUGCUAUGAAGAGAGUCAACAGAUCCUGUCCUUGCAGACUGAGGAGGUGAAAAAGGAGAGCCAAGUGGAGGAAUAUGAGCGGGAACUUGCCAGAGCCAGGUGGAGGCUGAGGCGGCUCAGAGAGGAAGUGAAAGUGGCAAAGAGGAAGGUGGAGGAGGCUGGAGAGAGAAACACACCGCUGCAGGACUCCAUCAGACAGUCGUAUGAAGAGAUCCUGCAGGAGGAGAACACUCUGUGUUCUAUGUCUGAAAGUGCAGUCACUCCAGAAAGUCAACUGGAGGUGUCAACAUCUCCUGCAGACACCACAGAAGAUGAUCCACUUCCCCUGAAGCCAUGGGGAAGGAGUCAGUCACUGCCUGCCUAUGCUGACCUGAUAAUGAGGGCCAGCAACUCGUCUUUUUGUCAAAAUCUGGCAGACACCAGAGAGGAGAUCAUUGACAGUAGGAGCAGUUCUUCAAAGAUGGAAAGAUCUGACACAGAGGAUGACCCGGAGGAGAAUGAAAUCAACAACGAAGUUCAGAAACUGGAGGAGCACAGUCCGAAGCCCCUGAGCCAGUUGGACUUCUACCAAGCCAACCCUUUUGCCAACUGUCAGACUGACCAUGAUCUUUUUAAUGACGACAUCUUCCUGAAAAGUGAUGCAUCUGAUGGAUUUGCUUCUGAUCCUUUCAAAGGCAGCGAUCCCUUCGUAGCAGACAUUUUGUAUCAAGAGCCCAAUGUCAGUGCAGUGGAGGGAGCAGGAAAUGCUGGUGAUGAAGUAGACACCAGUCUGUCCUGUGCUGAAAAUAAAGCUUCAACAGGAACUCAGUGCUUUGAGUCAGAAUUCCCUGAUGAAGACAGUGACAUUGAGAUCAGCUACAGCCGAGAGGAUCUGGACACCAUCGGGAAUUCGCAUGGAUUUAAACCCAUUCAGAGUUCAUCAGAUGAGCUGGGACCAGAUCCCCAGCAGGGCUGGAGGUCACAGGGGCAGUAUUCUGUGGAAUCAGACCCCAAUGGUUAUGAGCUGGACCUUCAUGCCCCCACUCCUCCUUCUGACAUUGAAGAACAAAGUCUGGGAUCAUUAGCUGAUGAAACUACCCUUCAGCCCCCAGGAGAACUGAAACAGGAUCCAAGUUUUGACCAAAUUCCAAUGAGCCCUAAACAGAGUCCGGUCAGUGGUUCCUCCAGCCCAGAGGUGGAAAGAUUUGAUAACAAUGAAGAAGAAAGCAAAACGCCAACGGCUCCUGAACCAUCUCCUGAAUUUUCCCAAAACGCUGAGCCUGAUUUACAAGAAAACAAAGAGAUUAGCUUUGACUUGAACUAUGAAGCAACUUGUCAGUCUUCCUUCGACCCAUAUGGGUUCAAACUUAGUCCAGAACAUUCUAAUCAUACACUCUUAGACCCAGAUGAAGCCUCCUCGAGCCCAGAACCUCCUGAACAUGAUUUGGCCUUUGACUCAGAACCACAUUCACCUCAACCGAAUGAGAUGAACUUUGAUUCUUAUGGUUUGGACAUCACGUCCCCUCACGCAGACCAAGACUCUGACCCGUAUGGCUUCAAGCUCUGUCCUGAUGAGCAGAACCAGGAGGUGCUGGACCUCUGUGGCUUUGAUUACCAGCCGACAAUGGAACAGUGCACUUAUGACAGUGAUGAGCAAGUAGAACCAUAUGAAUAUUCUAAUCAAGAAGUACUUGAACCUGACAUGGCCAAAAACCAAGAGCUGCCAGAACAUUGUAGCCAAAAGGAUUUGUACGAGAAUGGAAACCAAGAGGUUCUUGACUCCUCCAUCGUUGAAAACGAAGCAGUUGUCAGAAAUGACAACAAUGAACUCCUUGAUCUUUUCAUUCACGGUAACCAGGAGUUGCUGGAGCCUGGUCACAAUACAUGUGAUGAUGAACUUUUAGAGAAUUACAAUUAUGGCAACCAGGAAGUUGUGGAACCUUGUAGUCCUAGUAAUAAAGAACUCCUGGAAUGUUCUCAAGUUGAAGAUCAAGACGCUUCACAGGUAGGAAACCAAGAACUGUUAGACCUUGAUAGCAAAGGUGAUGAGGAGGCGCCAUCUUCUGAAAGCCCUGCCAAUGAUGAAACUUUGCUGAUAAGUGUCAAAAUUCCAGAAGUACUAGACUUUGAUAGCUAUAGCAACAUGGGCGUGGAGAGUUUGCUGUGUAAGGAAGGUUCUCCUGAAGCCAACAACAAUAACAAGAGCUUUGUAGAACCAGAGCUCAGCUCCACUGAUAACAGCUCAGAUAGUGACGUGGCCACGAAGGACCUUGGUGGACUAGACUUCAGUAACACCAGCGUGUGCAUUCCCAAAACCAGGAACACAACUACCGGUGACAUCAGCACAGUUCCAUUCAAUCAGGUUCUGAAUACAUACUGCCCUCCCACAAUGAACGUGUUAGAGGGUGAUCUGAGUUCUGUGUUUGGUGCUGGAGGAUACAUCGGUUGCCCUGAUGUGGCUGAUGACCUAGAGCCUCUGGACAAGAGGCAGUUCAAACCAGUCGCAGAGCCAGUGCGACCCACGAGACCCGUCAGGCCUCCUCGACCCUCGCUCAAGGUCAAAGAGAAGGCUUCAUUCCAGACUCACGGCAUCGAUCUGAAGUGAACUUCUGCUAUCAACGCUGGAGGCCGGUAACCAUGUCGGCAGAGUUGACCGCCACAUUGUGUGAAGAAGAGUAGCAGAUGAGUAAGAAGAAGAGCAAACAGAACUAGACAGACCUUCCUCGGUUUUAGGUGUCGUUGACUUUUAUUUGUGUGGAGUUUGCAUGUUCUCCUUGUGUGAAAUGGAACAGUGACAACAGUGUAGCCUGACCUUCAGCCACAGUCACAUGAAAUGACUCUCCAGCUCCUCUAGCAGUGUGUUGUAUGGAUGGUGGUUGAUAAUAAUAAAAUGAUGAACUAAAAAAAAAAGGAUUAUAUACAUAUAAACAUGUGCCAAGGCAGUCUGACGUAGUUAGUUGUGUUCAUUUAGGGUAUGAAUCUUUAUAUUUUACAAAAUUUUACUGUCACUCAUUAGCAUUUGUUUUUUCCUUUUUGUGGAGGUUUGAGUUUGGACCUUUACCUUUUAUAAAUAGAUAUUUCCAAACAAAAAUAAAAUCAGUAUACAUCAUAUACUCUGCUUUAGCGGUAACAGUGUAGGUGAUCUGGUUAACUAGUUUCAGCCUAAUUUGAAUUAGUGAUUUUUUUUUAAAUUAAUUUAUUUUUGUCUACAACGUUGUGAGCUCAUCAUUUAUUUGGAGCUAAUUAAUUUCCUGUGUUCUGCAAUCUGAAAAUGUACAUAGAUGCUAACAGACAUUGGAUGUACAGCUGCAGGUCAGACAAAGGCAGUAGUUAGCUCAGUCAUUAGCACAACACGUACACUUUAUUCCCAGUCUAGGCCAGAUGUAUGCUUAAUGUGUCAUGAUUACAAUACAGCCAUCUGUGUACAGUGCAUCACGUCACCGUCUACCUACCAGGUCACUGAAGUGGCCAUCUGGUUAUUUUUCAGUUUUCAGGUCACAUCUACCUCUUUAAUUGUCCGAUUCUAUGAUUGCAUGACAACACUGUGAAUCCUGUCAGAGUGAACCUUUUAAUUUGAAAUAUCCUGUACUUUUAUGUCAGGUGUGCAGUAAGUUCCUGCCACAGGAUGUAGCCUACACACUGUAGGUUGGUCACAUGCUACAGAGACACUCACUGAAACUCUUCUUGGUGGGUUUUCUAUAUUUCAUCACUUGUUCUGAAGGACAGACUUUUUGUUUUGUUUGUUUGUUUUUGCAGAUUUUGCAUGAAUCCUGGCAUCGAGCUGUGCAGAUAUCAUGGUUUACAUGCUGCUUUAUUGGAAGGGAACAGUAAUUCUGGACAAAGUGCAUGUACAGAGCCACAGACGAAUCCACUUUAGUUCCACUAGGUUUGUCUUGUCUCGACACAGAACAUAUCCUUCAGGUUCAUAUAGAUUCAUCGUGACAUUUUUGACGGUAAGCUCCCAUUUCUUUUAGAAAUGUCUCUUGUGUCAUCUUUUUAUUGGUUGUUUUCACCAAAGUUUGGUAGGAACUGUUAUUCCUCCUGCCUUGUUGCUCCUCUAGGAUGACGCUCUGGGUCCAUGAGAGCAGACAUGCUCCUUCAUCAUCCUGUGACAUUUCUGAGGAAGACGAGAGGUCUCUGUCGAAACCCCACACCUGUUUGUCUGAAUAUACAAAAAAUUGGACAGUACAGAGAGAAAAACAAAUCUACAUUAACGAGGUACUAAUGCCUGAGGUGUUUCUACUUGGUCGUUUCGCUUCCGUCGGCACCAUCUACAACAGAGUACAGUCACAGCAAUGAUGAUGACGAGGACCACGAGAAGAAUGGCCACUGCACCAACCCACACUCCAACACUCAGCUCUGCAGGAUCAGACACAGGACAAGAUAUGUCAGUCAUGGUCCUACCUGCAGCAGUGAUGAUCCACGCGCACAGACAAACUACAGGACAGAGCACAGGUUUGAGAAAAGCCAUUUUACAGCAAUAACCAAGUUACUUCUCCCUGUGCUCUACUUUUUUGCCAUAGCUAAAGUCUAGCAGAAGUUAACCAGGGGAUCCGUUGCCGUGGAGAUAAGCAGAUCCGUUUCUCUGUUGUUCAGUUGUUCCUCCUGUGUGAAGCUGUUCAGUCUGAGUCUUGGGGCGAACAGAGGGGCUCUUCAGGGUUCCGCCUGGGUUUUGCCUGCUGGUCCCUCCCACAUGCCUUUUCUUAGAUGUGGUCAUCCACUGUAAGGUAUUAAAUUACAAUUUCCUCUGAAUACUUUUAUGAGUGGUCAUGAACUUGCACCACACUGACAUUGAUACUCUGUUGCAGUGUAAAGAGUAGUACCACAGAUAUAUGAGUAAGGGCUUCCCAACAGUGACAGAAACCCUGACGAAAAUCAUGUGGUUGAUUCCUCCUUAGGGAGGAGAGAAUGACGCAGGGCGGGAUCUUAGUAUGCAUGAGGCUCAGACGGAUAGUUCCCAAUCAAAUAAAAGAAAAUCUUUCUUUAUGAAAUUAAAA